UUUUACUAUCUAUUAAACGAAAACGAUUAUAAUAAAACACAGCUGGCUUAAUCAUUGAAUUACUAAUUUUUGGGAAUAAUCUGAUUUAUUAAAAUAUUUAGACGUGGAAGCUGGUGACUAAAUCGCAAACAGAAAAAUAAGCAUGUCAAAAGAGGACAUUAUAAAAAUAAAUAAGCCAGAAGAACUUAGUUUCGACAAGCGUCCAGAAAGUCUCGCAGAAAAAGCAAAGCGGGAAUACAUCCAACAUUUAUUGAAUAAGAAGCAAGAACAAAUUUCGUUGGAGGUCUUGAGAAAUUUAGCCAUAACCGAUUAUGGUCUGGUCACAGACGAACUUCGAAGAUCUCUGUGGCCCCUUCUUGUGGGUGUUGACGUUUCCACGCUGGAACGAGCGCCAAAGUUGAGCGAACUUCAAAGUCAUCCGGAAUAUAAUCAAGUUGUGUUAGACGUUAACCGCUCACUAAAACGUUUCCCUCCUGGUAUACCUUAUGAACAACGUAUUGCUCUCCAAGAUCAGUUGACGGUCUUAAUAUUAAGAGUUAUAAACAAAUAUCCAUAUUUACGAUAUUACCAGGGAUAUCAUGAUGUCGCGGUGACUUUUCUUUUAGUUGUUGGUGAGGAAGUUGCAUUUGCAGUAAUGGAAGAGCUUUCAAUAACCCAUUUUUGUGAAUGCAUGCAAGAAACUAUGGAUUUAACUCAGAGAAGGCUCAUGUUUAUAUGGCCUAUCGUUAAUUUCGAGAAUCCGAAUCUAUUUCAGUUUUUGCAAAAAUCAUCUGUUGGUACAUUAUUCGCGUUACCGUGGUAUUUGACAUGGUUUGGUCACAGUUUAAACUCUUACAAAUCAGUUGUUAGACUAUAUGACUACUUUUUGGCAUCUCCAAUUUAUUCACCCAUUUUCGUUACUGCUGCAAUCAUUUUAUACAGAUCUCAAGAAAUACUUGCUGAAGACUGUGACAUGGCAUCGAUACAUUGUCUUCUCUCAAAGCUACCAGAUGAUUUGCCUAUUGAAGAUCUCCUCAAAGUGUCAUCUAGUCUUUACAAAAAGUACUCCCUGAGUGUCAUUGAAAAGGAAGUGGAAAAAUUGAUCAAAUUAGAAAGACAACAAAGACAACGAGAAGAACGACUAGCUUUGGAAAGGCGCAAGCGAUCAUUUGGUAGUUCCCACACCAAAGGGAGUUAUGUGCUUAAUCAUUGGCUACGCCAGAUGGUAACACCAAAGGCGUUUUUUGUUACGACAGCAUUUUCCAUCUUUGUUGGAUUUUGUGCAUACUACUAUAAAAACCAGACCUUAUCUACUGGUAUCAGUUGAGUGUUACAAAAAAUGCUGCCAUAUGUUAAACUUUCGCUCAGACAUGCAGGUCCACCAUAUUGCGGCGUAGUGAUUGGAUUGUCAUUGUGUUAACUUAUUUUGAAGUGCUUUUUCAAAUGCAACUCUCGUUUCUCUUGCACUUCUCUAAGUAUCUCAACAUAAGCAUUUAAAGUAAGCAAAUUAUUAGAAUACAUGUAUUAUUUUUCGCAGUGGCCCAAGUUAAUAGCAUUGUUGACGUUUAAUAAGAUGUAACUAUUUUAUGUAAAAAAAGUGAUUUUUUUUCAAAUAAUUUUCACAAAUGUGUAAAUGAUCGACAUCGGAUUUAGGGGAAAAAGAAUAUCGUUUUUGUGUAGCCAAGAUCGUUGUAAGUAUUCAGAUUGAUUCAUUCUGAUAUUAUUCCGGUUGGCAAUAUAAUAGUCGAAGCUAUUAAAAAAUGGUAUGGUUGUCAAAGCCGAAAAUUCUUUAUAUUUUUGGUAUCACAUACGUCGAAUUGGGGAAAAAUAACCGGUUUAUCGCUGAAUA